AUGAUUGGGCAAAUUUUAGAGCCUUGGGUUGAAUCCACAUUGCUGUUUGCCACUCUGGCCCGUCGGUUUCGUGACGAUUCGCCUUUACUGGCUGCGCGGGAGAACCUGGUUGCCGCGGCACUCUAUAAAGGACCUUGGGAUAUUCAGCCGAAACGUACAUCAGAUCUCAACAAUCUUCUCACAAAAUUCUAUCUUUCCGAUGUUGUCUUCCUAAACUCUCGCGGCUACCAGCAGACAAAGAUGGAUGGUAACCAAGUUGAAGACACUUGCCUGUUGGCUGCUCGCAUUCGUUCAAUAGACGUCCACGAAACAGCCUCAAACCCUCCUAUGGCUUAUCCAGGUAGGGUGGUGGCAGAACGGGAGGGUCUGACCCGUGACAUGGUACACCCCGACGUGGAACUGGCGGCGACGCCCUAA